AACAUGCGGGACGGAUGGUGGUGGCUGCAGUCAACGUGUGAAAUGAGAAACCAGUGAUUUAUAUUGUGUUUGUUUUCUAAAAUAUUUUGCUUCGGAGGUUCCAGUUCUCAUUAUGGCGAACACAAACCUGCAGUUCAAAACGAAUUACGCUGUUUCCAGCAAAAUUGAGCCGUUUUACAAAGGAGGGAAAGUGCAGAUCAGCAAAGAUGAGAAGUACAUUUUCUGCACAUGUGGAUCCCGUGUCAAUGUUUUGGAGAUCAGCACGGGCAAGAUUGUCCACUGUGUGGAACAUGAUGAUCAAGAGGAUAUCACAUCAUUUGCAGUGAGCUGUGAUGAUGAGCUGCUGGUGACAGCCAGCAGAGCUUUGCUACUGAAGCAGUGGGACUGGAGGCAGGGUACCUGCACUCGCUCCUGGAAGGCUAUUCAUACCGUCCCUGUGGCCAGCAUGACCUUUGACCCCACCUCCACCCUACUUGCCACAGGCGGUUGUGAUGCCACCAUAAAAGUUUGGGAUGUGGUUAAGCAGUACUGCACUCACAACCUCAAAGGAUCAUCCGGUGUAGUGCACUUGGUCCAGUUCCAUCCUGACAUCAGCCGACUGCAGUUGUUCUCCUCAUCUGUGAAUUGCGGCAUUCGGCUGUGGGACCUGCGCUCCAGCCAGUGUGUGUGCGUCCUGGAGAGCCACUACAGCGCCGUCACCUCUCUGAGCUUCAGCAAAGACGGUGACACCAUGGUCAGUUCUGGGAGGGAUAAAAUCUGCACUGUUUGGGACCUCAAAUCUCGCCAGGCUAAAAGAACUGUUCCUGUUUACGAGGCUGUUGAGGGAGUUGUGCUGCUGCCUAGGAAGACAGACUUAUCUGAGAUCGGAGUAAAAAGCAAAAACUUGCAUUUUGUCACUGCUGGAAGCAAAGGUGUGCUGAGAGUGUGGGAGGCAAGCACUGCUCAUUGUGUUUAUACCCAGAGCCUUCCCUCGACCCUCACUCCUUCCUCUGAGGAAGACAAAGAGGACGACAACCCUCGCAGUUUGACGUACCUUUUCCACCUGCCUGCCUCCUCCAGACUGGCGACGGUCACUGCAGAGCACAAUAUACUCUUCUACCAGCUACCCAAUCUCACCACACAGCAGCAAUUUGUGGGUUACAACGACGAGGUGCUGGACGUGAAGUUCCUGGGUAAAGAUGACACUCACAUUGUGGUGGCCACUAACAGCUGUCAGCUGAAGGUCUUCCAGCUGCUCACCAACAGCUGCCAGAUUCUCUACGGACACACAGAUACUGUCCUCACUCUGGAUGUGUUCAAAAAAGGCUCUCUGUUUGCAAGUUGUGCAAAGGACCGGUCAGUGCGUGUCUGGCAGCUGGACAGUGACAGCGGUCAGGUCCGAUGUGUAGCUCAGGGAUCCAGCCACACUAAUGCUGUUGGCUCCAUCGGCUGCUCAAGGAUGAAAGCGUCCUUCGUUGUGACCGGCAGCCAGGACUGCACCGUGAAGGUGUGGGAUCUGCCAGCCGAAUUUUCUGGAGACGAAAUCCAUCAGCUGAGGCCCCGCACCACAGAGAAGGCACACGACAAGGAUGUAAACAGUGUCUCAGUGUCUCCCAACGACAAACUGCUGGCCUCCGGCUCGCAGGACCGCACAGCCAAACUCUGGACCCUAUCGGGGGACGGAAACCUGGGACUCCUGGGUGUGUUUCGGGGUCACCGGCGGGGCAUUUGGAGUGUGUGUUUCUCUCCCGUGGACCAGAUCCUGGCUUCCUCCUCUGCAGAUGGCACCACCAAGCUGUGGAGCUUGCAGGACUUCAGCUGCCUCAAGACAUUUGAGGGCCAUGAUGCAUCAGUUCUGAAAGUGAUCUUUGUGAGCCGUGGCACCCAGCUGCUGUCCAGCGGUUCAGACGGUUUGGUGAAGCUGUGGACCAUUAAGACCAAUGAGUGUGUGAAAACAUUGGACGCCCACCAGGACAAAGUGUGGGGUCUCCACGGCAGCCGUAAGGACGACAAGAUGGUCACAGGCUCAGCAGACUCAAACAUCACCGUGUGGCUGGAUGUGACUAAAGUGGAGCAGGCAGAGGAGCAAGCCAAACAAGAGGACCAGAUACUGAAGCAGCAGGAGUUGUCCAACUUGUUGCACGAGAAGAAAUACCUGAAGGCCCUGGGUCUCGCCAUCUCACUGGACCAGCCUCACACAGUGCUCACUGUCAUCAAAGCCAUUCGUCAGGUGGAGGACAGCAGCGAUCUGAUGGAAACGACGCUGCUGCGGCUGCGAGUAGAUCAAAAAGAGUCGCUCCUGCGCUACUGUGUCGUGUGGAACACCAACGCCAGGAACUGUCUGGACGCCCACGCGGUCCUCCAGGUGCUGCUGACCCACCUGCCGCCCGAGGAGCUGCUGCAGUUCCAGGGGGCCCGGACGCACCUAGAGGGUCUCAUCCCGUACACAGAGAGACACAUGGAGAGGAUCGGCCGCCUGCAACAGGCGUCCAUGUUUCUCAACUACAUGUGGCAGAAAAUGCGAGUCGCUGGAGCCUCAUCUGGUAUGGAGCAGGAUGAAGACAUGGACACCACUCCUCUCACGCAGAUGCAGUCCUUGUUUUUUCUCAAUAAAGGGAAAGCAAGAGGCAGCACCGAUGAGAGGGAAGACCGAGGCGAUGACGGGGAUAGAGAGCAAGAAGAGGAGUCUGGUUUUGCCGUGAAAGAUGAAGAGGAGGACGAAGAAAUCAGUGCCUCGAAGAAAGCCUCUGCUAACGACGCACGGGGAAUAAAGGGAGAAACCAACGGGUGCCACCGAUCAGAGAUUGAGGAGAGCUCAGAGGAGGAAGAGGAGGACGAUCACAUAAUGCAAGUGAUGCAAAAUCUCCCGAUUUCAUCUGCUCCCCGGCUCCAGACUUUAAGCUAACAGGAUCAAUGAGUUUGUCUCUAGAAGGAAACCUCCUGAGGUUCAACUCUGCAGAUCAUUAGCUGACUGACUGACUGCAGCCGUUAGGGGGAAUUGAUGCAAAGCAGAUAACAGGUUUCACUGUGACUAUUUCUGUGCUACCUAAACCCCUAAUCAGUUCCUCUAUGCAGGUUUUAGACGGGAAACAAAACGAGCGAAUCAUCCUGAUUUCAUUUCACAUAACGUCAAGGAGGCCUUUGGGAGGAAGAACUGGUUGUAUAAGUGUUGAGGCUGUGUGCCAGGGUGAUUUUUUGUAAAGCUGAUUCUAGGCAGUAGGUAUGCAGCAGUACAGAACACCUUUUUACAAGAUUAAAAAUCUGCAGCUUCCUCAUGUAACCUGCAAACGAAAAUUUUUCUAAUGUAGUGACUCAUGUUUAUGAAUAAAUCUCUGUUUUAUGGGCCUAUUUUUAAA